GUCACCUAGUUGCUAUGUAACAGUGUGUAAACAACAGAGGCGCAGUAUACAGACUACUGACUUUAUCCUUAAAGCUUGUUUUAUUGGCUUUUAAAGCGCUUUCCAGUGGAAAAACAACAAGUCGCUGCAGGUAAAAAGUGAAGUCGACCCACCAUGCAAGAAGUUGAGUGCGAGGUUGAGCCUGUUUUUAUGGAUGAGGAGAUGCUGCAUGAGGCAGCAAUGGUGCAAAUUCCUACAUAUCCGCACAUUGAAAACCUGGAGGAAAUCAAACACAGUGACAUCCUUAGACUACAACUGGAAUUCAAAAACAUCCCGAAGAUUCAGUUCUUGUGGGAAUUCACAUCAUUGACCAGGCUGGAUUUGAACAACAACCUCAUAGAGAAGAUUGAGGGCCUGGACCGCCUGGUUAAUCUGACAUGGCUUACACUGUCAUUUAACAAGAUAGAGAAAAUGGAGGGCCUGGAGUCUCUGCGGAGGCUUGAAGUGCUGAAUUUGACCCACAACAGAAUCGCUGUCAUUGAAAACUUGGACACACUUGAGAAACUCACUCAUCUCUACAUUGGAUCCAACCGCAUUGAACAGCUAGACAACGUGCUCUAUCUCAGGAAGUUUGAGACCCUGUUCGCCCUUGCCCUGUCUGGAAAUCCUGUGUCAGAGGAAGAUGAAUACAAAUUUUUCAUUGCAGCCUACUUCCCAAAAUUGAUGUACCUAGACUACAAAUUACUUGAUGCAAAGACAAAAAAUGAAGCAGCUGUCAAAUACCACUAUGUUCUUGAGAAAAUGAAAGGUGAAGAGCUGCAGAUACAACAAGCUAAAGAAAAAGAGCAACGCCAGAAGGAUGAAGUCAAGUUACACAAGGAUGCCUUUGUGGAGUUCCUGACUGGGUCAUACAUGUUUAAGAGCAUGUUCAAAGAUGAUCCAGAGGCAGAUAUUUUCCCAUCUGUGCCUGGAAUGGCAGAUCUGCUUCGAACAUUUGAGAAGCAAAUGGCGGAGCUCUGUAAGCAGUUAUUUCAGAUAGGCUUGGAUGAACAUAAGCGAAGAGAGGAGGAGGUGAGCUCCUUCUUCAGUGGUCACGCUAAAUCUGUGAGAUACUACCAGCAGAAAACAUCGCAAAUCUUGGCAUCGUUUGAAGAGCAACACAAUGAGAGGAUAAGUGAGCUGCAGCAGUUAUCAGACCCAGAAGUACUGAGGGUCGAGAUCAACCACUGCAAUGAUGAAAUCAACCAACUCAGUAGCAGCCUCUUGGAAUUGGAGUUCCACCUGUACAGCGGGCUGGAGGACAUCAUCCAAAAGUUGGACGCCAACGUCUCAGAAAUGAUUGUCAACUUCGUUGAAUCUGCUGAAGACAUAUUUGCUCAAUUUCGAGAUCUGGAGGAUAAUUAUUAUGAGAACGUGAAGAAGAUUGCGGUAACAACUCUGGAGAAUGUAGCCAAGAAGGACGUGGAGGUGGAGUUGCCAGAUGAUGUUAAACUGUUGUUUAAAAGCAAAGAGACAGUGAUGGAUGCACUGGCCACCGGCCACGAUAACCACCUGCAGACCAUCAUUGACCAAGAGACUCAGCUGAUUAUGCGUGCCAAUGUCUGGAAAGUGGCCCUCAUUAAAAGGAUUGAAGACAACGAACUUGAGCAGAACCGCAAGCGCAUCUCAACCGUCCACAGAUAUAUGAACUAUUUGAGAGAGCAGCUGGAGGAGCUCCAGUAGCAUCAUCAGUAAAACAACCCCCAAAUGUUCCUUUAAGUAAAUGUACCAGCAUUUUCACAACCUUUCUGGACUAUUGAAAGAAAUUUCACUGUGUGAAGAUGAAAAUGUUUGUCUUUUAUAAUUUCUAGAUUUGUUUCAUGUGCAAUAAAGAAUGUAAGAAAUUA